AUGACAAAGCGUUCGUUAGCUUCUGAAGAUAGUGAUGAUGAUGAAAUUCAAGCCAGUUCAAGUGAAGCUCGUAUUGACUCGCCGCAUACAAAAAAGAGAAGAUUUGUUGAAUUUGAACCUAUUAGAAUUUGUAGUAUUGGAAGUGUGGUAUGUUUUUAUUUGGGUGGGGAGUGGGAGAAGGCGGUCUUCCUAACUUGGUCCAGACAGAAUUUAGUCUGACCAAAGCUUGGCGUGGGUGGUGAAGGGUAAAAGGCGGUCUUCCUAGACUUGAUCCAGCCAGGUCUACUCUUUAGGUGGUGAGGGGCGAAAGUCGGUCUUCCUAGACUCGCCCCAGACAGAAUUGGUCCAGACCAA